ACACACUUUUUUUUACCUGGGCUAGCAGUGAAUGAGAUGAGAAAUCCCCGAUGCAAGGUGGCUGUCAGGUACUUACACCGCCAACUCUACCGUUCGUUAUCUAGUCUUACGUUGUAUAUAUCUAUGGGUUUCACAUAAACGCACGCACUAACCCCAGUCUAUAUUAUGCAAAUACUACAUCAACCUCAAAGGAAUGUUUAUAAACAACCCUAAAAUUAUUUUUUAUAGUAUGUUUUAUUGCGCUAAAAAUCAACAGCCCCUUGCGUUCGUGACUGUGUGUUCACCCAGCAGUGCGACACACAUGUUUGCGUGUCGUGUGACAUUUAAUCUGCACUUAUUGGAUCAGAGAGGAGCACAUUAACAUACUUUAAGGCUCAACAACAAAGCGGGGUUGUUGCUUUCAGCAGCCGGUUGCCUUGCCAAAGAACACACGUGAGAGAUAGGAACGUGUGGAGGCUAAUAAUAUCAGCUAAAACUACAGCUAUUUGCGAAUAAAUUUAACAAAAUUACUGUUGACGCGGAAAUUAAAUAUACUGGUCAAUAACAGCACUAUAAUAGAGUUGUAGUAUUAUGUACUGGGCGUAUUUUGACAAUCCUGGAAGUGUGUGAAACUCAGUUUUCCCAUAGACCAAAUCAUUCUGAAUUGGAGAGACUAAGAACAUAUGGGUAAAUUUGUCAAGAAAUUAAAUAACAACAUUCUUAUCAACCUUAAAACACAACAUAUGUCCAGAAUGUAGCGACACGGUGUAUUUUGACUAAGCGUGCCUUUACAUUUGAAGGGAGAUUUCUUUCACUCAGUUUUCCGAUUAAUUGAACUCACCAUUAAACCUACUUCCGGGUUGUCUGAGCGGGAUGUUCGAACGUCAGGCUGAAAUAUAGGAAAAACGACGAGUUUCUUGAAAUUUCAUGGAAUACAUAUUUUCAGUCACAUAUAAGGGGUACUUUUGUGUGUUCUGGAGUACUUUCGUUCACACAAGGCAACCUUAAACAGGAAAUUUAAAAUGUAUUCUUCUGCAGGUGCGUCAUCUUCUUUGGUCAUAGUUAGCUCUUUGCUUCCUCCUCGUGGUUAUCAAGGGGACUUGCAUACAUGCCAAAAGUAUUGGUGGAUGCCUUUCGCCUUCCGACCACGGAUGGCAGUCAUGAGCUAUUCAACGCCACGCCAAAACGAAGAAAACGGCGCGUAAACAAAAUUUUAAAAUGUAUUUCGUCUAAAUUCACUCGUCUAUGUUUUAUUAUUUAUUUUAAAAGCAUUGUAAAAAUGUCCAACCUUUCAGAGGACAGAAAACCUGCUUCUCUCACACGCUUUGGUCAGUGUGCUUACACAGCCGAGGAGCAGCAAGCUGUUCACAAUGCACUUCGACAGAAGCUCGGCCCAGAAUUUAUCAGUACCAGGAUGGCUGGAGGAGGACAAAAGGUGUGCUACGUCGAGGGCCACCGUGUCAUCAGCCUGGCCAAUGAGAUGUUUGGAUAUAACGGCUGGUCUCACUCCAUCUCGCAACAGACCGUCGGUACCGUACGCCUCGACUUUGUCGACCUGGUCAACGGGAGAUUCUACGUUGGCGUGAGCGCUUUUGUCAAAGUGCAACUAAAGGACGGAGCGUUCCAUGAGGACGUGGGUUACGGAGUGAGUGAAGGUCUGAAGUCGAAGGCUUUGUCCCUGGAGAAAGCAAGAAAGGAGGCUGUCACUGAUGGAAUGAAGAGAGCGCUCAAGUGCUUCGGAAACGCAUUGGGAAAUUGCAUCUUAGACAAAACAUACCUACAGGCGAUUAACAAGAUUCCCAAACAGCCGCUGCCCGCUCUGGACCCGGCCCAGACCAAACGCUCGGAAACCGAGCCUUCUUUGGAGAAGGCUCGUUAUGAAAGCUUGCUCCGAGAGGCUCAACCCGCCGUCGCCCAGCCGGUCGUCGAUCUGAGAAAACGCUUUUCAGAAACGCACACCCCUUCAGCUACAGAUGUGGAAAAUAAGAGCGGAGGCUCUAGGCAGAUGGAGACGCCGUCUUCAUCCAAGUUGCUCACAGACCCCAAGCAGCUGCGCAAGCUACGGCAACAGCAGCUUCAACAGAAGUUUCGCAGGGAACUGGAGGCCAAACAGCGGCAGCAGAAGCAAGAGGACAUCAAAACGGAGAACCUGGAGGUGCUCUUUGGAGAAGAUGAUGCCGAAUUUUGGAAUUUGCCCCUGAAUGGAACGGACGAGCCAGGCACGUCCGACAGGGCGCUUAGGCCAAGCACGCCCAAUACUCACAAGAUGCAAACUCGCAGAAAGACGCCACAAAGAACAGGGCAGCAACAGAAGUUCCGCAACGAAAUGGAGGCCAAACAGCAGAAGCAGGAGGACGUCAAAACGGAGAACCUGGAGGUUCUAUUUGGAGAAGAAGAUCCCGGAUUUUGGAAUUUGUCCCCGAAUGGAGUGGAGGAUCAAGGCACGUCUGACAGGGCGCUUAGGCAGAGCACGCCUAAUAAUCGCAAGAUGCAAACUCGCGGAAAGAUGCCACAACUGACGGGGCAGCAGCAGCACUCAGAUGGCAUAGGACAAGCAUGGCUGCAUCAAGGAAGACCAGUUAUUUCUGGAUUUCUUUCAGUUGAACACCGAAGUCCAUACCGUGGCAGUCAGUUCAUGAAGAAACGCAGAUUGGACCCUUGACUUUGACCUUCGUUUUGUUUUAUGUGUUGUACAGAUUUUGUCAAAUGUUUAGUACAAUAGUUAUUCUGCUGUACAGAUUUUGUCAAAUGUUUAAUAAAACCAUUAAACAAAAGGAAUUCUUGCAUGAAAGGGUUAAAUAUUACAGGGCACUCAUUUAGCACAUUGACAGCGCCAAGUUAUUUUCCACUCCAGUCUACUCUCACAUAGAGA